AUGUGGUGUUGAUCUCUGUUUAAACAACCCAAAUUUACUAAGAUAUCACACUCCGAUUCGAUUCUAAGCGACUGUUUGCUGUUUGCUUAAGGAAAACAAGUCUGAGAUCUUCCAUUGAUUUGGCUAUAUAUAAGCCGGCUUCGCCCAGAAAGAAGCACAUCUGUCAUAGCAGUCUGAAACAUUGUUAAAGAUGCGAUUCCAGCUAACUAUCUUCCUCGCCGUCGCGGCUUUCGUUUCGACUGCCUGGGCAGCGUCUGGUCCUGCCGCAACUCCGCCCGCUGAUCCUGCUACUCCACCGGCCACUGAUCCUGCCACUCCUCCGGCUACUGAUCCUGCCACACCUCCGGCCACUGAUCCCGCCACGCCCACUACUCCAACUACUCCCACUACUCCCUCGGCAUCCGAUAGCAGCACCACCGCACCCACCACCGUGGCUCCCACCACCAAGAAACCAAGUGAGAAGAAGAAGACCGUUGUCCACUACAAGAAGAAGACCCACAAGCCGAUCAGACGCCGCACGAUCCGCCACUCACAUGAAGGCAAGAGGAAGAACCGAUCCCGCCGGGAUUGA